AUGAGGUCAGUUAUUUCUACAUGCACAGAAUUUAGAUAUCAGCCUUCUGAAGCAGAAUCACUUUCCUUAGAGUUCUUUGGUAAAGAUUUCUUUUUUUCUUCAGGGCUUCGAUACUGUCAUGAAUGUAAGCACUUUGAUGGAGACAUAUGCCAGACUGGCAUGAAAAGCUGCUGGAAGUUUAAUGUGUUGAUGUAUAACAAGAGUUGUUCCACAGAGAACUUUUACUUUUAUGAUCGCAAUACGGGGAGAUACCUGUUUCGUUACACAGUACUGUCCUGCAGGCCUUGUGCGGCAGGAAUUGUCCAAGUAUUCCACGACCUUCUGAGCGAAACAUUUUGCUGCACUGAAGACAACUUCUGUAAUGACGGCAGUGCUAACUUUGACAUAGGAAGCGUAACACUUGGUGAAACAGAAACAGAAUAA